AGCUAGCUGGUAACGUCCCCAGCUCAUUGCGCUUCGAAGCCAAGCAAACCCUCGCUGGAUUCCACCUACAGCUCCGCCUUAAAACUCUCGGCAUCGAGCUAGGGCCACCCACCCUCCCUGAUGGCCGACGUCGAGGGUAACAGGAGCGGCGCCGGCAAGCGCAGCGGCGGCGUAGCUCAUGGAUACCGGGAGGAGCGCGGGUGGACGCCCUGGCUGAUGCCGCUCGUCCUUGCGGCGUGCGUGGCGGUGUUCGUGGUGGAGAUGUAUGUGAACAACUGCCCCUCUCGCUCCCAGGCCUACGGCUCCUGCUCCGCUCGCUUCCUCCACCGCUUCUCCUUCCAGCCCGUCCGCGAGAACCCCCUUUUUGGCCCCUCCGCAUCCACCUUGGAGAAAUUGGGGGCUCUUCAGUGGAGCAAGGUAGUUCAUCAGCAUCAAGCUUGGAGGCUUGUUACCUGUAUCUGGUUACAUGCAGGACUCAUCCACUUACUCGCGAAUAUGUUAUGCUUACUUUUUGUUGGAGUUCGGCUUGAGCAGCAAUUUGGAUUCGUGCGCAUUGGGAUCAUAUAUCUUUUAUCAGGUUUAGGUGGUGCCGUUCUGUCUGCUCUGCUCUUGAGGAAUGGCAUUUCUGUUGGUGCCUCUGGGGCUUUGUUUGGACUAUUUGGAGCAAUGGUUUCAGAACUUAUCAUAAAUUGGACUAUUUAUUCCAAUAGGGUUGCAGCUCUGUUAACUCUUGUGGUCAUCAUUGCGAUCAACCUAGGCAUUGGCUUAUUUCCUCACGUUGAUAACUUUGCCCAUAUUGGAGGCUUCUCAUCAGGUUUCCUCCUAGGUUUUGUUCUAUUAAUUCGGCCUCAGUUUGGUUGGAUGGAACACGAGGAUCUUCCUUUUCCAGCCCAGAUUUUAUCCAAAUACAAAGCAUACCAAUACAUCUUGUGGGUGAUUGCAUUGCUUUUGCUAGUAGCUGGAUUUGUUGUUGGAUUAGUCAUGCUCUUUACAGGAGUGAAUGGAAAUGACCAUUGCCAUUGGUGCCACUACUUGAACUGUGUGCCAACAUCGAGGUGGGUUUGUGAGAAUUAAAUAACUCUGAGCUUUAGCAGUGUUUAUAAAAACGUCAAGGCAAAGUUUCAACAAGAUGGAUCAGCGCUUGGAGAUGCAUCUUUUGUUCUGGUUAGAUGCUGUUGGUACAUAGCUCAAAUCUGGUUUUCUUUUGUAGAGUUUUGUUAUUCUCGCGUGUAGUUUGUACUGUUUCAUUUCAGUAAUGUUAGCCUAUAACUUGUCGUACCCUCGUUGGAUCACACACUCAUUAUCAAUUUUAUAUUAGGUGAUAACAAUUGCAUUAUGUUAA